AUGAGUACGGAAGAGACUCUGUUGAAUCUCGAUUUCGACAAACCAAGCACAACAAUUACGCCUCCUGAUGACGGCGUGGUAUCUCUAUCUAGUAGUGCAGAGGACAUUUGUUUAGUACCAGAGGUCGGGUUCGAAGGCAACGUGGAUUCUCCAGGCCUAAACCGUGAGUCGCAGCCGCUCUUGAGCGGCCGCGGCGACUUUGAUGUCUCUUUCAACCAUUUUCCAGAUGACCCCGAGUUCAGCGAGCUGGUGUGGCAAGCGGAAGUGGCCAUCGACAAUGGCAUCUUCCCGGAGAGAAUAUACCAGGGCUCGAGCGGCUCGUAUUUCGUCAAAAACCCCGGCAGUAAAAUAAUAGGCGUGUUCAAGCCGAAGGAUGAAGAGCCGUACGGUAGACUGAAUCCGAAGUGGACGAAGUGGAUGCACAAGUUGUGCUGCCCGUGUUGUUUCGGGCGGUCGUGCCUCAUUCCUAACCAAGGCUACUUAUCGGAGGCCGGCGCCAGCCUGGUCGACUCCAAGAUCGGCCUAAAAAUCGUGCCGAAGACGAAGGUAGUUAAACUUGUGUCGGAGACGUUCAACUACCUGCGGAUAGACCGGGAACGGUCACGGCUAAAGCGCGCCAUCACCGAGCAGUUUCCAAACCUUCGCUUCAAUAGAAUGGGACUUCCGCCUAAGGUGGGCUCAUUCCAGUUAUUCGUGGAAGGCUACAAGGAUGCGGACUACUGGUUACGGAGGUUCGAACAGGACCCCCCACCUCCGCACGUUAUGAGAAAAUUCCAGUUGCAAUUCGAGCGGCUGGUGGUCCUGGACUACAUCAUCCGCAACACGGACCGCGGCAACGACAACUGGCUCAUAAAGUACGAUACACCCAGCAAGGACGUACUCAACAUGACAGAACCCACCGAGUGGUCUGCAAACGUGGAUAUACGAAUCGCGGCCAUAGACAACGGGCUGGCCUUCCCCUUCAAGCACCCGGACUCUUGGCGAGCUUACCCUUACCACUGGGCCUGGUUGCCGCAAGCCAAACACCCUUUCAGCCACGAGACCAAGGAGUUGGUCCUUCCACUGCUGUCAGACAUGAAUUUUGUGCAAGAACUCUGUGAUGAAUUACAUGUUCUGUUCAAGCAAGACAAAGGGUUCGACAAGGGUCUGUUCGAGCGGCAGAUGUCGGUGAUGCGAGGCCAGGUGCUGAACCUCACGCAAGCGCUCAAGGACAACAAGAGCCCCGUGCAGCUCGUGCAGAUGCCUGCCGUCAUCGUUGAGAGGUCCAAAAAUGGCACGACGUCGUCGCGUUUUUUCGAUUCGUUCCAACAACGCUUCCAACACAAGUCGCCGUUCUUCUCGUGGUGGUGA